AUGGCAUUGAAACCAACCACGGCAAACCCUCUUGACUUCAUCAAUGAUGCACAGGUUCAACAAGAUUCUGACAGCUAUUUGGAUGCUAAAUCUCCUCAAGCUAUGAAAGAACCAACUAAACCAAAUAAAGAAACUUCUAAGGAAGCUUUGGCUACAAAUAACUUUACACCCAUGAAUCCCAUCAGCUUUGAUGGAAAAAAUGCAGAGAAUCUCUCAUGGCUCACAUAUAGUCCUGACGUAGAAUUUGCAUUUGUGACUGAGGAAUCUAAUACAAUCAAUUUUGAAACCAUUACAAUGCUCCCAAACAACUUAAACAAAGAAGGACCUGCACAGACCACUGUUCCAGGACAAGUUGUUACCACAGAUCUGAACAUAGACAAAGGAGGAAAGUCUCAGCCCACUGAACAAAAUAUUUUCACAGAUGUGAAGAUAGACAAGGAAAUAACUGCACACCCUACAGAACAAGGAAUUACCACAGCUCUGGACUUAGACAAAGUAAUUACUGCACAUCCCACUGUUCCAGAAAAAGGUUUGACCACAGAUCUAAAUAUAGACAAAGAGGGAACUGAAAAGCCAACUGUUCUGCAACACAGUGUUACCACAGAUAUGGAUAUGGAUAAGGAAAUGACUGUAUGGCCCACUGUUCCAGAACAAGGAAUUACCACAGAUCUGAACAUAGACAAAGAAGGAACUGAACAGCCCACUGUUCCAGAACAAGGUUUGACCACUGAUCUGAACAUAGACGAAGAAGGAACUGAACAGCCAACUGUUCUGCAACACAGUGUUACCACAGAUAUGAAUGUGGAGACGGAAACGACCAUAUGGCCCACUCUUCCAGAACAAGGCAUUACCACCGAUCUAAACAUAGACGAAGAAGAAACUGAACAGCCAACUGUUCUGCAACACAGUGUUACCACAGAUAUGAAUGUAGAGACGGAAACGACCGUAUGGCCCACUCUUCCAGAACAAAGCAUUACCACCGAUCUGAACAUAGACGAAGGAACUGAACAGCCAACUGUUCUCCAACACAGUGCUACCACAGAUAUGAAUGUGGAGACGGAAACGACUGUAUGGCCCACUCUUCCAGAACAAGGCAUUACCACCGAUCUGAACAUAGACGAAGAAGGAACUGAACAGCCAACUGUUCUCCAACACAGUGCUACCACAGAUAUGAAUGUGGAGACGGAAAUGACCGUAUGGCCCACUCUUCCAGAACAAAGCAUUACCACCGAUCUGAACAUAGACGAAGAAGGAACUGAACAGCCAACUGUUCUGCAACACAGUGUGACCACAGAUAUGAAUGUGGAGACGGAAACGACCGUAUGGCCCACUCUUCCAGAACAAGGCAUUACGACUGAUCUGAACAUAGACAAAGUAAUAACUGUACAGCCCACUGCUCCAGAACAAGGUUUGACCACAGAUCUAAAUAUAGACGAAGAAGGAACUGAACAGCCAACUGUUCUGCAACACAGUGUUACCACAGAUAUGAAUGUGGAGACGGAAAUGACCGUAUGGCCCACUCUUCCAGAACAAAGCAUUACCACCGAUCUGAACAUAGACGAAGAAGGAACUGAACAGCCAACUGUUCUGCAACACAGUGUGACCACAGAUAUGAAUGUGGAGACGGAAACGACCGUAUGGCCCACUCUUCCAGAACAAAGCAUUACCACCGAUCUGAACAUAGACGAAGAAGGAACUGAACAGCCAACUGUUCUGCAACACAGUGUGACCACAGAUAUGAAUGUGGAGACGGAAACGACCGUAUGGCCCACUCUUCCAGAACAAAGCAUUACCACCGAUCUGAACAUAGACGAAGAAGGAACUGAACAGCCAACUGUUCUGCAACACAGUGUGACCACAGAUAUGAAUGUGGAGACGGAAACGACCGUAUGGCCCACUCUUCCAGAACAAAGCAUUACCACCGAUCUGAACAUAGACGAAGAAGGAACUGAACAGCCAACUGUUCUGCAACACAGUGUGACCACAGAUAUGAAUGUGGAGACGGAAACAACCGUAUGGCCCACUCUUCCAGAACAAAGCAUUACCACCGAUCUGAACAUAGACGAAGAAGGAACUGAACAGGCAACUGUUCUGCAACACAGUGUUACCACAGAUAUGAAUGUGGAGACGGAAACGAUCGUAUGGCCCACUCUUCCAGAACAAGGCAUUACCACCGAUCUGAACAUAGACGAAGAAGGAACUGAACAGCCAACUGUUCUGCAGCACAGUGUUACCACAGAUAUGAAUGUGGAGACGGAAACGACCGUAUGGCCCACUCUUCCAGAACAAGGCAUUACGACUGAUCUGAACAUAGACAAAGUAAUAACUGUACAGCCCACUGCUCCAGAACAAGGUUUGACCACACAUCUAAAUAUAGACGAAGAGGGAACUGAACAGCCAACUGUUCUGCAACACAGUGUUACCACAGAUAUGGAUAUGGAUAAGGAAAUGACUGUAUGGCCCACUGUUCCAGAACAAGGAAUUACCACAGAUCUGAACAUAGACAAAGAAGGAACUGAACAGCCAACUGUUACCACAGAUAUGAAUGUGGAGACGGAAAUGACUGUAUGGCCGACUGUUCCAGAACAAGGCAUUGCCACAGAUCUGGACUUAGACAAAGAAGGAAAAGUACAGCCCACUGCUCCAGAACAAGGUUUGACCACAGAUCUAAAUAUAGACAAAGAGGGAACUGAACAGCCAACUGUUCUGCAACACAGUGUUAGCACAGAUAUGAAUGUGGAGACGGAAACGACCGUAUGGCCCACUCUUCCAGAACAAAGCAUUACCACCGAUCUGAACAUAGACGAAGAAGAAACUGAACAGCCAACUGUUCUGCAACACAGUGUGACCACAGAUAUGAAUGUGGAGACGGAAACGACCGUAUGGCCCACUCUUCCAGAACAAAGCAUUACCACCGAUCUGAACAUAGACGAAGAAGGAACUGAACAGCCAACUGUUCUGCAGCACAGUGUUACCACAGAUAUGAAUGUGGAGACGGAAACGACCGUAUGGCCCACUCUUCCAGAACAAGGCAUUACGACUGAUCUGAACAUAGACAAAGUAAUAACUGUACAGCCCACUGCUCCAGAACAAGGUUUGACCACACAUCUAAAUAUAGACGAAGAGGGAACUGAACAGCCAACUGUUCUGCAACACAGUGUUACCACAGAUAUGGAUAUGGAUAAGGAAAUGACUGUAUGGCCCACUGUUCCAGAACAAGGAAUUACCACAGAUCUGAACAUAGACAAAGAAGGAACUGAACAGCCAACUGUUACCACAGAUAUGAAUGUGGAGACGGAAAUGACUGUAUGGCCGACUGUUCCAGAACAAGGCAUUGCCACAGAUCUGGACUUAGACAAAGAAGGAAAAGUACAGCCCACUGCUCCAGAACAAGGUUUGACCACAGAUCUAAAUAUAGACAAAGAGGGAACUGAACAGCCAACUGUUCUGCAACACAGUGUUAGCACAGAUAUGAAUGUGGAGACGGAAAUGACUGUAUGGCCCACUGUUCCAGAACAAGGCAUUACCACCGAUCUGAACAUAAACAAAGAAGGAACUGCUCAGUCCACUGUUCCAGACCAAAAUGUUUUCACAGAUCUGAAUUUAGACAAAGAAAUAACUACGCAGCCCACUCUUCCAGAACAAGGCAUUACCACCGAUCUGAACAUAGACGAAGAAGGAACGGAACAGCCAACUGUUCUGCAACACAGUGAUACCACAGAGCAAGAUGUUACCACAGACCUGAAUUUAGAGAAAGGAGUCACUGCCUCGCCCACAGAUCCAGAAGGUGUCACCACAAACAAAGAGGAAUCUGCAAAGCUCACUGUUUUAGAUGUGACUGUAAUUACCAACAAUGUAGAAAAGGUUGAAACAAUGCAAACCUCUAUCUCCACCGUGCAACCUGAAUAUGAAGACAAAGGACCCACAAGCUCUAAAGUCUUUACAUUUAAUUCCCUGAAACCAGCAACAUCAAAACCUUUCAUGGACCAGUCAACAAUAGUGCCCACUGCUGCUCACAUAUCCAAAGUCACUGAUGAUUAUAAGUUAUAUGAUGACAACUCAAAGUAUGAUGUUACAUUAAAACCGCCCACAGGAACAUUCAGACCUCAAGUAAAUGUCACAAUUCCACCAACUGAAGAAGAACUUAAUGAUGCCAAUUUAUGCAGUGGCAAACCUGCAGAUGCAUUUACAACCCUACACAACGGAACUUCAUAUGUUUUUAGAGGUUAUCUCUUUUGGACAUUAAACGUGAAUGGCCAUGCUCCUGGACCCCCUCGCCGGAUUUCUGAUGUGUGGGGAAUUCAGUCUCCAAUUGACGCAGUCUUCACACGAUGCAACUGUGAUGGGAACACUUUCUUCAUCAAGGGGCAGAAGUACUGGCGCUUUCAGAAUGGCAAGAUGGACUCUGGCUACCCCAAGACAGUGUCACAAGGCUUUUCAGGACUAAAAGGCAAAAUAGUGGCUGCUCUUUCAAUGGCUGCAUAUAAUAACAAACCUGAAGUGGUGCACUUCUUCAAAGAAGGAGGACAAUUCCAGACAUACUCUUAUCGGCAAAGAACUUCCAAAACGUGUUCAAGACAACAAAUCAAAGUAAAGCACACCAUCCACAUCAAUCAAAAUGUGAGUCGUUUCAAAAGGCAAGCAAUCGUGCUCUUUCAUCACCAUCUUAACAGGCCACAACAAACAGUAUCGAGACUCUCUCUGGAAAUGCCAGUUAAGAAAUACUGGAGAGGAUUUCCACAAAAAGUCACCUCUGCCAUUUCAUCACCAAAUGCCCGAAGACUUAACAACUAUGAGUACUUUGUCCUUUCUGGCGAUCGCCGUUACGCUGUUGAUCCAGUAAAACAAAUGGCUGUUAAGACCAAAAAGAGGGUUGCAAAGUCCUUAUACAGCUGUCCCUAGGCUCUCUGCAACCUUUCACACAAACAAGCAAGAUUUCAAGCUUCAAAUGGUUUAAAAGGAAGUCACUUUAUUUUCAGUAAACAGAAAACGUUAUACCAUGAAGUGUGCCCAAUCUUUUUGAGGUUCAAAAAAUUAUUCAUUCCCAGCGCUUGGUACAAUAAGCAAAACGAGUGACAUGCCACCAAUACAAUUUAUGGUCAUAUACAGAGGACAGACUGAUUUUUCAAGGCGUCAGGCACUUCAACCCAAAUUUCCACGAUUUAGACCUCCUCUUCCUCCCAUUGCAUGGCUCAUACCUACAAUAAAAAAAUAGUUAUUCAAA